GCUCCUUGGCGCGGUACCCUUGCCUUUAGUGGUGCUAGGUUUUGAUGACUCAGGUGUCGUAAGAGAGUAGGGGGUUGGGAAAAGGGGUUCUGUUAGUGAGAUACACAGUUUGUGAGUUUUUUCGAGGUUGUAUUGUUUUACUCUCUUACAUUUUUCCGUGGGGGUGAGAACCGUGGAGGUUUUAGAAUUUUGUGGUGUCGCAACUAAUCCCUACCCGAGGACAGAAGCUUAGUGGAAUUGUUUGACUGCAGACGUUAAUUGUCAGCCUGCAUUCUUUCUAUUACUGUUAGACGAUGGAAGUACCUAGGUGCUCAUGGCACUUCCGAAUUUGUGAAGAAAUUGAGGAGCAAUUUCUUUGAUUUAGAUCACCACAUACAGACUCUUUGAACGCGUUACAGUUUCUUAUUCUUGUGCAUCCUAGCACGUUCUACACUUGCAGGAGGUCACAUGAGAGAUUGCACGUGGAUCACACUGCACAGUUUCAAGAUUCGGGCGAAGCCAUUUUCUUGACGACCAGCUUGUGCAAGGGAGAAAUAAACGUAGUACAAGCUCUGUUCCUGGAACCUCCUUGAGUUCAGUUUCCGCGAGUAUGAGUGUGCAGUAUCGACCGGAGCUGGGUACUAUGGUUCUAACACCUGGAUAUCCACCAGGCAAAGAAAGAGAGUAUUUGUCAGACACUGCUAAUAGUCAACAGACACCCAGCUAUUAUGGUGCGCAGAAGUCUUAUGCGGAUGGUCAAAGGCAGAGUGCAUAUGGUAUGAAAAACAAAAGUCACAGUUCGCCUGUAUCUCCCCUAUCUCCGCAAGAUUCAUCUCAGGCCGCUUCGGAUAAUGGACAAAGGAUGUCUGCAGGCUGGAGCUCUGCAUCUUAUCAGAGCGAAUCCUCCUCUCAUAGUGAUGGUUCUUUAGAGGGUCCUGGAAAACUGGAAGAGGCAGACUAUUAUGGACGCCAACAUCGUCAUGGUGAGCAGUUAACUGGGUCAGUAGCAUAUCAUAAUACGCCGUCUUCUGUUUUGAGACCCAUGGGAUAUCCAGCUGAAACUGCUCAGGCUUAUCAAAUGCCUAACUAUCAGCAGGCCGUACGAUAUAUACCAGAGGAGCAAUAUGCCCAGUCUCAGAGCAAUUAUGCGCAGAGGAACCCAGAAAUGGCACAUAUGCUGCAAGUUCUGGAGAGCGCGCUUUUGGAUGACGACGAUGGUGCAGAUUUGCCAGGAUCUCUUGGGAAUGGACAUGAUCCUGCAUCAGAAGGGAACUGGGCAGACACGAUUGAGGAGUUUAUGGCUGCCGAUGCCUCGCCAGCUGAUUCAUCCACUGUAACGUCAGCUACCACUCCACCUGAAUAUGGGAAGCAGUGUCGCAACGGGAGUACAAACAACUAUACUGGAGCCGUCACUGCUAGAGUGGAAGAACCACCUCCUCAAAAAUUGGUUGUGGGAACAAGGAGUAGAUCAGAACAGCUGCUUGUAGCUUGCGCUGAAGCUCUCUCAAAUAAUGAUAUGCCGUUAGCGAACGUACUAAUCGCUCAACUCAAUCAAGUGGUUUCCAUAUAUGGUGAUCCAAUGCAGCGUUUGGCUGCUUAUAUGGUCGAGGGUCUUGUGGCUCGGGUCGCUGCCUCAGGAAAAGGCAUUUAUAGAUCACUGAAGUGUAAAGAUCCUCCGACCAGAGACCUACUUUCAGCAAUGCAGAUUCUGUACGAAGUCUGUCCAUACUUUAAAUUUGGGUACAUGGCAGCUAAUGGAUCCAUCGCUGAAGCUUUUCAAAAUGAAUCUCGGGUUCAUAUCAUCGACUUUCAAAUAGCUCAAGGCACACAAUGGACAACUCUUAUUCAAGCCUUGGCUGCUCGACCAGGGGGUCCACCUCACUUGCGAAUCACUGGUAUCGAUGAUCCUAUGCCUGGACCGAAUUCGAAUGCAGGUGUUGAGAUGGUUGGGAAGCGGCUUGCUAAACUAGCGGAAGCUGUUGGAGUUCCCUUCGACUUCCAUCCUGUAGCGAAGAAAGGGCCAGAGGUAGAAGCAUGGAUGCUGGAGCGGCAGCCGGGGGAAGCUCUUGCAGUCAAUUUCGCCCUACAUCUCCACCAUAUGCCUGACGAGAGUGUCUGCACAAGCAAUCCUCGGGAUCGUAUACUGCAUAUGGUCAAAGCCCUCAACCCCAAAGUUGUGACCCUUGUCGAGCAGGAGUCUAAUACUAACACUGCUCCAUUCUUUCCACGCUUUUUGGAAGCUAUGAAUUACUACGCUGCAAUAUUUGAGUCUCUGGACAUUACCUUGGCCCGUGAGAGCAAGGAGCGUGUGAAUGUUGAGCAACAAUGUUUAGCUCGCGAUAUCGUCAACAUCAUUGCUUGUGAAGGUAUUGAUAGAGUUGAAAGGCAUGAGAUGAUGGGGAAAUGGCGCGCGCGCCUGACUAUGGCUGGUUUUCGUCCGUAUCCUUUAAGCCAAACAGUGAACAACACAAUAAAGACAUUGCUGGAGUCAUAUAGUGAUAAGUAUAGACUUAAAGACGAGGGCGGAGCACUUUAUCUGGGCUGGAAGAAUCGGUCCCUCAUUGUUUCCUCUGCAUGGCAGUAGAUCUCGUCUGUUCUCACUGUAUAUAUUCUUAUAGUGUGGUUCAGCCUCGAGUUAUCUGAGGACCUGUCUCAUUUGGUAAGGCUAAAUUUCGCUAGAAUCCUAUGAACUUGAGUAAAUAUCUGCUUUUGAAUAUCAGCAUUGUGCAUUAUGAAUUGACUGUUGGCUGCA